CGCUCAGUAACAAAAGCGCCGGGCGGUCUCGACACUGCGGAAUGUGAAGCGUUCAGCAUGCGUUCGCGUUUGUGCGUCAGUAACAUCAAAAGCGUCCUCGUGCAUGAGUGGCCGCGUGUGUUGGUGCUGAUGCUGAGCAGACUGCACGUGCAUGAAUCCAUCAACUCAAUGCAGAGAUUUCACUCAAUCUGACUUACUGCAGCAUCACAGCAGAGCAUCUCUCAUCACUUGGCUCCUGUAUGCAGCUGUAGUGGCUGACGUAUGGGCCGCUCUCCGGUGAGUCUGUCCAGACUGAAGCUGGGGAAGUUAAAGGUGGUCCGGCGGCAGCUGCUGCAGCGAUAUGAACACCAGCCGUUCGUCUCGUGUCUGGCCGGUCUGUAUGGCUGUCAGUGGAGACGCUAUCAGAGGGCCAGAGCUCAGCCGGGUGAAUGCUGCUGCAGUCGGCUGGAGUUUUGUAGUUUCAUUCUCAUCAUUGUGACAUUUUUCCUGACGCUGGUGUUGUUGUAUUUCUGGAGUGAAGCUCAGAAUGAUUAUGAUGACUUUGACUGGUUUAACUUUGGUAAUUUGGGGUUCUGGUUCCCGUGGUCAGUGGUUCUGCUGGUGGUCGCCAUUGUGCUCUUCACUUACAUCGCCCUCUUGUUGGUCCUGGCGGUUUGUCUUCUGUCUGAAGGUCAAAGGCUUUACCUCCAUUGGAGCCACAAGAUAGGUAUCCUGGUGACUCUCGGUUUCUCCAUCAGCGCUACAGCCGUUCUCUCAGACUUAUGGAGUAACGAAUGGACAACACUUCUCCUGUCGUUUCAGGUCACAGCGCCGUUUCUUCAUGUGGGCGGAGUUUCCCUAUUGACGUUUCUGUCCUGGCCAAUAGCAUUACACUUCUUUCGCAUGAAUAAAAGAGUGAGACAGGUGGCUAUCCUGAGUUUGUAUUUGGCUGUUCUCUUCACUCUGUAUCUGGUGCCGUUGGGUAUGUACUCACCCUGUAUCAAAGAUAAAGGCACACUGGGUCCAGCACCCAUCCUCUUUGGUCACAGAGGAGCACCCAUGCUGGCACCAGAAAACACACAGCUGUCCUUCCAGAGAGCCGUGGAAGUGGGUGGCGAAGGAUUAGAGACGGAUGUUACAAUCAGUUAUGAUGGUAUUCCGUUCCUGAUGCAUGACAGCACAUUGAAGAGGACAACCAACGUACACGAGGUGUUUCCCAACCGAACAGAUGCACAGGCAGCGAUGUUCACAUGGACCGAGUUGGAGACACUCAGUGCUGGAUCUUGGUUCCUUCAGAGGGAUCCUUUCGGCACGGCAUCUUCUCUUGAUGCGGACAUGAAGGAUCAGGUCCAAAACCAAACCAUACCCACUCUGAAAGAGUUUCUGAACCUGGCUGCCCAGCACGGGAAAUUGGUGAUCUUUGACCUCAGACGUCCACCCAAAGGUCACCCGUACAGAGACACGUGGAUCAAUCGCACCCUUGAGGUGCUACACAAUGAGUCGUUUAUUAACUCCAGCCAGGUGUUGUGGUUGCCAUCAGAUCAGAGGAGUCUGGUACAAGACCUCGACCCAGAUUUACAGCAGACGUCUGAAGAUCACGCAUCCAUAGAGGAACUGCAGGAAGAACACAUAGUCCGACUCAACCUUCAUUACAGUUACAUGUCACAGGAGCAGAUCAGAAAAUACGCCUCAGUGAACAUCAGCACUAACCUGUAUGUGAUCAGUCAGCCGUGGCUUUAUUCAUUGGCUUGGUGUGCUGGCGUUCAUUCGGUCACUACAAACGCCCUUCACAUUCUGAAGACACUGCGACGGCCUUUGUUUCUCAUGACUCCAGAAGAAUACAGUCUGAUGUGGAGCCUGACGGAUGUCAUCUCUGCUUUCCUCAUCGCUGCUGUUUUUAUAUUUCACUGGUGGCGUGAGAGAGGUUUACCCUUCUGGUCUGGUAGUAGACAGGUGAAUGAGAACGGGCCGUACAGCAAGUUCAGGACUGACCCCUCUGAAGUGCAUGGCAUUCGCUGGAACCCUCUAUUCUUUGAUGGCCCAUCGCUCUCUCUGGAUUCUCAUCUCUCCCUGCAUGUUUCUCCUAUGCAUGGCUAUCCUGUACCCAUCUGACUCUUCAUCACUCUUAUUACUGCUGUGUGAGCCACGGUGAUGUUUCUCCUUUUCUUCCACGCCUUCGUACGACAGAGCUCAGCGACGUCUGGUCCAUUUCAAGUGUCAUCGUUCAGGUGGAACCUCACAACUCACCGGUUACACCCAACCUGCCCACCAUCUCAGAAGAGCCGCCCGUCUGAUACGGAGAUCUUUUGGAAAGAGCAGUGGAGAGAUGCGUGGAGGAAGCUUCAGUUGAUGAUCAUCAUUGUGCGUCCAUUUCCAUGCACAUGAGCUUCAGAUCCACACAGAUGCUGCACGGAGCUGAGCUUCUGGUGUGAAGUGUUUCACAAAACCUCUCCGACAAAAGAUGGUUUUCAUAGACAUUUCCCGACAAAACCUCACUGGAGGAAAAACUCCAAAUGGGUCAUAGCAUGAAAAUAAAGACACUAGAGUUGUUUUUAUAAACACUUCAUGAGUAUCAUGUAAUCUGGACUUUAAUAUACGAAAUUGAUCUUAAGUGGCAUAUAAGAUGUAAAAAACGAACCCAGAAUUUGGAUCUGAGGACAAACACGCUGUUAUAUUUCACAAUUAGGCCUUUUUUAGGAUCAUUAAGAUUGGGGACAUUGUGACAUUUUUCAAAUGAAAGUUUGCACGUGUGUUUACAGUAGAUUUUUUUAUUUUUAUUUUGUUUAUUUUUUUAUUAUUGACAGUUUUUCAAAAAUACAAUGAUUUAAUAUAAAUGUAAUAUUUAUAUAUUUAAUAAUAAAUGUGAUGUUUAUAUAUUUAUUAAUAUAAAUUCAAUGAUUUAAUAUAAAUGUAAAUUAAGGUAGUACGAUAGAUACCACCAUAAUAUAUAUGUACAAAUUAUAUACAUUUCACAUUUAAAAAAUUAUAAUUUUCUAUUGAAUUAAUCAGGUUUUGGGGAAUGAAUGUGUUAAACAGAAAAAUGUCACAAUGCAAGACAUCUUGUCAAAAAAGUUUGGAUUUUGAGGUAAACAUUUUAAAAAAAUAACUCCCUUUAAAAUACAUUCUUGGUUCAAUAUAAAACCUCUGUACUUUGAUUUAUGUAUUAUGUAUUGCAAUAAUCGUGGUACUUACAUGCUAUUUCUUUAUGGCACACAAUAGUACUACCAUGGCAGUGCCAUCACACAAAGAUAUGAGAGGUCAUUCUCUUUCUCCUGCUUCUGUGAAGUUAUUUUUCAUCAACAUGAAUGACUCAAUUUGCCUGUUUAAAUGAGCUGUAUGUAACACACUGACUUCUAGCGGUUAAACUUUUUAACCGCAGUUUAAAUUCAAAACAUUGGAGACGUUUUUCCCUCUCCUCUCUCGGGUUGCCAAACACAUACAGGAGCGCAACUGACGAUGCAAAGCAUGUUUAUCUUCUCAUUUUUAGGUUUGCAAUGUUUUUUUGUUACAAACCUGCUUGUGCGGAUUUUUAUAAAUCAAUCUGUGGCUCAUUUCGGAGGUUGCAUCCACCAAAGGUCACAUUUAUGGGCAAUUGCAGUCUCAUUUAAGCAACCGUGAUAACUGGCAACCGAGCUGUCGAAAUUCACUAAUGGGUAAAUUGGCAGUGGGACCAAAAUAAAAACAGACAUUUUGACACAUAUGUUACUUUAACUUAAAAAAACAAGUUGAAAUUGUUUAACUUAACUGGUUAAGUUAUGUCAAUUUAUCACAAGUGAAAACUUAAAAAGUUGAAUUGACUCGUUGUCUUAACUUCAUGCUGCAUUUUCUUUACAGUGCACAAAAGGCAGAUUUCAAAAAGAGAUCAACUGGCAUUGUUUUUCAAAAAAACAGAUAUACGUGAACUUAGCAUGUUUCCUAAAUAUUUACAAAUAUAUUCUAGUAUUUAUUUUAUUUGGUACAGUCAAAAACCUACAUACAGCUCCUUUAAUAUCCAGAUGCUCAAACUGUAGCACAUGACAAAAAAGAAAGAAAGUACUUGUCAUUGCAAAGGCAUUUGAAAUAUUUCAGACUUUUCUGGAAAUAUUAAAAAUGUCAAGUCCAUUGCAUCAUGUGAAAAUAAGUAAAACAUCAAAUAAAAAAUAAACGACAAUCUGGAAGUUUGAAGUUAGUGUAAUGAUUUCUGGGAGGACAUACAGUACAGUUUUCUUCUGUUCAUUGAGUUACAGGCCAAACAUGCCAAGAAAUAUAACCAGCUUAAAGAUGUAUUUGCAAGUGACCAAUAAAUUAUAAUACAGAUGUUGUUCAAAAUGUGCCAGUCAAGAAUUAAACUGCAGUCAACCCGCAUCAUGUGACUGCAUACAUACUGUAACUCCAGAUGUGUGAACUUUCCAUGAAGUGAUGAAACUUUUUUGCCUGUAUAAAAUGCAAUGUCUAGUACUGAUUUUAUUUACUUCAUGUAAAUAACUAUGUCUUAAUGUAACAUAUGUCUGUAUAUAUAUGAUUGUAAACUGAUCUUAAACAGCAUUCUGAUCAUU